GAGCCCACUGCAAUCCUGUUCCUUACAUCGUUAGUUUGCUACAGGAGUGCACGGUGGGGAAUGACACCCGACAGAGCCUCUGUACCCACAGGCGACCCAGCUCAUCCUGUUGCUGACAAUCAUCGCUAUCGCAAGAUUCUGGCUGAUCAGACAGAGAUGAGCAGGCUCAGUUUGCCGGGAAACAUGCGUCGAGGAGGCUCAGACACCAACCUGAACCUUACAGUGACUGACGGCUUGCUGGACUUCCAACGGGACCGGCAGACAGUGGAGCAGCUGAAACAGAAGAUUCUGAAACUCACCGAGCAGUUGCGGAUCGAGCAGGAGCUCCGGGACGCGAAUGUGGCCGAGUAUCUCAAACUGGUGAACAACGCUGACAAGCAGCAGGCCCGCCGCGUUAAGCAGGUCUUUGAGAAGAAGAACCUUAAGUCUGCCCAGGUCAUUGCUGGGCUGCAGAAGAAGUUUGACCAUUAUCACCGCAAGCUGAGGGACAUGGAGCAGAAUGGCUCGCGCAAUUCCAAGGAACGGCUCCGGGACUCUCAGCACAAUGUGAGGGACAUGGGCAAUGCCAAGCAAGGGGCCGCGGGGGGUCCUGGCAUAGAAAGCAGGAAGACCCUUCCGGGUGUCAAUCUGACCCCCCCAUCCUCCGUCUUCAGCAAGCCACGCGAGAUUGCCAUCCUGAUCCGCAACAAGUUUGGCAGCGCUGACAAUAUUGCUCACAUGAAGAGCUCCAUGGAUGACUUCCAGCAGGACCCCGGACCCAGGGCCUUCAGCGGGAGUGCCGUGCUGGUGUCCAAACCCAAGUACCUGAGUGACGACGAGUGCUCCAGUGGCAGUGACUUCGCAGAUAGCAAUGGCAACUCUGAUUUUGGGGUCACCACCAGCCCAAAGUCCAACUCACUGGAGAGAGACACAGGAAAGUUGGCCACCAUCUUGGACGAGCUCCGGGAAAUGAAGGAGACGCAAUCGCAGCUAUCACAGGACAUUGAGAAUUUAAAAGUUCAGUUCAACAGCGACUUUAGCCUCAUGACCCAAACAUUACAAGAGGAGCACUACAGGUCGGCCCGUCUGGAAGAUCAACUGAAUGACCUCACAGAACUCCAUCAACAUGAGACCAUUGAUCUAAAACAGGAGCUGGCCAGCAUUGAGGAAAAGGUGGCCUAUCAAUCCUACGAGCGAGCCCGUGACAUGCAGGAAGCCUUGGAAUCGUGCCAGACCCGACUUGCCACCUUGGAAUUACAUCAACAACAGCAGCAAUUGUUACAGAUUGAAAAUGCCAACGCUAAGGUUCUGCUUGGAAAAUGUAUCAACAUCUUUCUGGCCAUCAUGACUGUUAUCCUUGUUUGCAUCUCCACCAUCGCCAAGUUCAGUAUCCCUCUGAUGAGGAGCCGUUUACAUGUCGCUUGUACAAUCUCUGCCGUUAUAGUUGCGAUCAUUGUUUGGAAAAAAUGGGAUCAGAUUCAGAGUCUCACAGACCGUAUUUUAUAAAUUCACUGUGAAAUGGGAAUGCUUAUCAUGGAUCAUUUUAAUUAUUAAAAUAUGACUUUUAAACAAUGAAAUAUACAAGACAGAAAAUAUUUGUAUUAUUACCUCGAUA